AUGGAAGUUGCAUUCACAUGCUAUGGGAUAGUGGAGUCCAUCACUGACGUGUACACAGUGAGCCAGCUGAAGCAGAAGGCCCGGGAGGACCCUGAGGCUUUCUUUGGCAUCACAUACAGCUUCAUCUCCAGGCUCGACCUCGACUCCUCUGUUUCAAAAGUCAUCAGGACACGGUGCUCCAGGUGUAAGUUUCAGGUGACUGAUGACAUGCAGAGCUGCACCAAUGAGUUGUGUCCAGGGAGGGAUCAGGCCCUUUCAGCCUCCACAGGCUUUGACCUGCUGGUGGACUUCACAGACCACACCGGCACCCUGCACGCCUGCACCCUUAGAAGCCCCGUGGCAGAAAAGACACUUGGCUGUAUGACGGACGAGUUCACCAGUCUGACCGAUGACGAACGGACUGCACUGAAGUGGAAAUUUCUCUUGGAGAGAUGCAAAAUAUAUGUGAAGAUACUGCCGUCUUCUAGAAUGAAGUCUGGGGUCAGGGGGAUGGUCCUGGCCUGCUCGGUGGCUGACCCAGGAGAGGUGAAACAGCACAUGUCUGCCUUGCUGCAGCGCCUGUGAUCACAACACACACACUGACUGAGCAGGAGAGCACAUAUGUUGCAGUUGGCUGCUUUACCUGCUGUGUGGUACUGUUCGGACUGAGAUGUUGACAAAAGGGCAAGAGUUAUUCAUACAUGUGGGAUUUAUGGUUUGAGAAUUGAUACAUUCUCUGCUUUAUUUAUAUAAGUUAAUUAUUUAUUUAUUUAAAUAUAUAUAAUAUGAAGAAUGUACUAUUGGCUUGACUGCUUUAUAAAACUGUUAAAUAAAAGUUUAAAAACAGUUAUAGCUUAUGUCAGUAAGUUAGGUGUCAAAUGUAUCAAUCAGGAAAGGAUAU